AGGAAAGUUGGAAUUUUGGGCUCACAUCACAAGAUCAGGUCUCAGACAAUUUCCACGAAUAAAAACUGAAAUAUUCAUAAUGGUGAAAAUAUUUUCUGCAAUUUUUUCUGUGUAUCCUGACAAUAAAUGGUGUGGUUUGACACAAGCAAAAAGAGCCUUAAAAAUUUUAAUGAUCGGACAAGAUCAGCACACAGAAGUUUUUGAAAAUGUAUUGCACCAAAUAGAAGAGACUGAAGAGCAUGAUGAAAGGGACACCAAGUCUAAUUUAGAUGAAAACACAGCAAUCACCAAUGGAGAUAAUUAUCAAAAAAGAACUGCAGUGUUGCCACAAGGACAUGGUUCUCAAUGCUGUGAAUCUGACUCAAGUCCUGAAAAUGAGAUCAACUUUAGAGAAAAAGCAAAAGAAGAAUCUGCUUUUGUAUACCAAAGUGUGAUAAAUGUUAAAAGUGAUCUGUACACCCAUAUUUGCGAAGGAACAGAUAGUGCAGACAUCAGACCACUAGAAAUGGCUGAAGUGAUUUGCGGUCUGCUCAAUAACAAUGUUGAAGGUAGCAUCUUCAUUGGUCUGUCCCCUGACUCUGUAGUAGUGGGUAUAAUAAUGAAAGAUAGUGAUCUUAAAAUCUUAGUUAAAGAAAUUAAUUAUGUACUUUCAGAUAUUGAAAUAAUUAUGACCAAAUUUAUAAGACCAGCGUUAUCAAAAUCCAAUUACGAUAUUAAAUUUCUACCAGUCUUGGAAAACAGGAAUGGGUUAUUACAAAUUAAAUCUAAUGUUUACGUUAUACAGUUAAAACUGUAUCCUCAUAAGAGAGUUGUAUAUUCUCUACAUGAUGGCACAAAAUAUUAUACACGUAAAGGUGUUAAAACAGUUGAACACAGCACAGAAAAGAGACGUAAAGAAUAUCCCUCCAAAGAGAUAGACGAGAAGACUGAAGAAACUUGCAAAACAAAUUUGUCAGUCACAACUGCCAAUGAUUCAUUAGAAGCUCAAAAACUAAGUGAUGAAGACACCCAACAUUCAGAAGGAGGGAAUCUAAGGUCUAUUGAUUCUUCCCAAAACGAUUCUUUUAUUGAAGAUAGAGACAAUUUUUCUGUUUCUCCACAAUCUUCUGAAAUUCAAACUUCUAGUAACUUGAUAUCACCUGUCUUUCAUUUUAUUAAGAAACUAAUCCCAAAUACAGCCAACGAAUAAUGAUGGUGGAUGUUAAUGAAAAUUUGUCUGUUUUAAAAGGACAUAUUUCUAAGAUGUUCUGGAUAUUGAAACCAAACAAAAUAUAAUAUUUAGCUUACUUCUCAAAUUUUGUCUAAAUAACUGACAUUUUAGGCAUUACAAAUGAGAGAAAGAUCAUUCAUUUUUUAAAGCUAUUCUUAACAUAGAUUGUGAGUUUACAUAUUGUGUUAACAAAUCUAGAGAAAAAUGAAGUGGAUCAAUAACAUGCUUUUGUCACAUUUAUUUUAUAAUGAACUUUUUGAGUAUAGAAUAGAAAUUCUUGUUUCAUGAAAUAAAGAAAAUACAAAAACAUUUUGUUGUCAUAUUUAAUGUGUAAAAUACACAUCUCUUCAGGGUUAGAUGGUGAUUUGGAUGGACCAUUUUGCUUUUUUCAACCAACUUCAGAGCCUACAGUACUAGUUGUAACAAGCCCACUUGAGUUCUAGUUUUAGAAGUGGGGAGAAGAUGGCUUUGCAAGUGCCAUGUUCAAUCCAGAAAAUAUUGAUACUCAUAUUAAUAGACGAACUAGACCUCAGGUUAUACCAGAUAAAUAUCACCCACUCAAGUUUGAACCAGGUUGGCAAACCUGCUUUCUAUCCACUUAUGCUGCCCCGACACAAAAGUGAAAAUUUCUAUAUUGCUAAUUUACAAUGCAUGCAGAAAUUAUAAAAAAACUGUGAAGC